UUGUUUGUUUGUUUGUUUUUAAUAUAUUGCUUGAAGUUCAAGUGUAACUUUUUGAAACUGUGACCAAAAGAAUCUUUUAUGGUAUUUUUCUUUCCUCUUCUCUCCCCAUCCCAGUCCCCCUCCAACAUAUAACAUUAGAAGAAGUCCAGUUGGUAAAGCAUAACGAAAUAAAUUAACUAUUGUAUUUGUUGGCUUUUUAUGAAUAAGCUAGUAUUCAUUUAUUGCUGCAUUCUAAUCAUGGAAUUCAGGUAACAGAGGUUAAGUAAGCCCCAGAGUAUAAUUAGAAAACAAAUUUGUUGCUUGCAAACAGGGUACUGUGAAUUUGAUUCUUGGCUCUUUUUUGGGAAGGAGGUAUAAAUGUUAAUUUUACUGCCUUCUAGCUUAAAAUACAGUAAAGGUUAAAUAAAUAUGGAGCAGAAAAAAAAUCUAGUAGUAUGACCUAUAAAAGUAUAAAUGGUCUAGUGUUCUCUUCUGUUUGCGCUUUUUCAGCAGCACUAAGUAAUUUCAUGUUAGUGUGGUAGCAUUUAGUACUGCAUCAUAUAUGGCUUCUGUAUUCCAAAGUACAUUCAUAGCCAAAUGUUUGUUAAAAAAAAACAAAACAAAAAACAACAACAAAACCAAAACCCAAAACACAACAAAAAACCCCACUUAACAGCAAGAUUCAAGAUUGUCUUCUUUCAAAAGUCCCACUAGGUGCCAGCAAAGGACCUUUUCAGAUGGUAAGAGCCAGUGAAACGUUUUGUAGGAAUUCUCAAUCCCAUUACUCUUGUAAGAGUUGACAGUGUAUUAACUUUUUGACAUGCUGAUCAUUUUAUUUAAAAAAUAAAAACAAUUAGUAAUUAGCUAUGAAUGUAUGAGACAGUUUGUAUGUAAUUACACAGAAUAGCUUUCUUCUGUGAUUGUGCUUGGUAAUCGUAUUUAUGUCUGUGCAUACUUAGCUCAGUGUUCUAAAGUUUGUGUCGCUGGUCAUAUAUUUGCAUGUCAUAUUGUACUCUAAUGAAUGUCUGCUUAUUGUGGGCUUCCAGCAAACAAGAUGAGGUAGUUCAGUUUGUAAGAAUAGUUUGUUUCUUUCUACCUUUGACAGCUGUAAUGUGGAAAGGUUAAAAUAUAGAAUAAAAGGUUAACAUGGUAGGCUGAAAAUAAAUGCCAAAUUAUUAAUCAGAAUAACUUUUUGUGGUUCUAAUUCAGUUGCAACUCACUGAGAACUAUUAAUUAAUUGGCAGGAGAGUUUUCUACUGUGUGCAAAUCUUUAGAAAGUGUGUUUGCUUAACAGUGUGUAGAUUGCAAGAUAAUGCCAGAUUUCUUUCAAGUUUUAUUUAAAUAGUGCAGAAAGACUUCUUUUUUUUUUUUUUUUUUUUUUUUUUUUUUUUUAAGGGGAGGAGGCUUAUUUCACUGGUUUAUGCAUAAUUCAGACCUCAGCAGUUUGCUAGCAUGGUUACUAUUUGGAAAUUCAAUCCUCGACUUGAUACUCAAUUAUAUGGGACUUCAUUCCUACCAACUUCCUGUAAUUCUAAACCUAUGGGUAAAAAUAUUAGUAGUCAUACGCUGCUGAGGAAAGUACGGACACAUUGACUCAGCUAGUGCAGCUGCAGCAGGAGUUGCCGUUUUAAACUUGGAAUUACUGGAAGUUUAUUAUUAUAUUCAUUUAUGCAAAUUACAGAAGGUAUAAUUGAAACAAGGUCAGUAGUGUUUGUCAGUGUGUUGCAACUGAGGUCGUUGGAACGUAAGUGCUUUGUAAAUGAAUGCUUUCUGACUGCAAGCAAAGACGAUCCAGAAACUGCAGUUCAACAAAUGGCUGACUUAUUUCAAGAGCUCUAGGUUCUGUGCAGCUGCCUGUAGCCUUUCUGCUGAAGGAUCUUUGUGGUUUUCAUUUGCUAACAUGCGUGGAAAUGAGAACAAAUGGCACGACGAUUAAGAUUGCAUUUUGCUACCCAAAGAAGCAACACAGAUCCCUUAUCGGAAACCUCUGAAAAUGUUUUGGAUAGUAACAAUUGUAUGUACUUCAAAAAAUCGCAGAAUUCUGCACCUAAUGUUACACAAAUGAAACUGACUCCUAGACAAGUUGCUUAUGCACCUGUAAUGCAACAAGUAAUUAAUCAAGAGGAAAAUGCAGGUAUUUCUUCAUUGCAAAUAAAAAAGAGCACAUCGCUGCACAUUUCCCUACAGUCUAGAAAGUAUAGUGGAUGUUUUCGAUCUGGUGAUGCUGUAGCUACUGGUGAAGACACUUCAUUCAUUGGUAUAGGUAAUGAAGGAAAUUGUGGCGCUAGAAUUGUGGUUGAUCAUCGAUCUAAUGAUAGCCUUCUGAGCAAUACUGCUCUGUGCAAUGGUAGUCUUAGCAGUAUUGCAGCCAGUGACAGUGGAUCGUUCAGCAGUGCUGGCAGUGACUACGGAUCAUGUGCAAGUACUACAAGUGAUGGAGGUUCAUACAGUAACAGUGUCAUCAGUGACAGUGGUAGUGGCACUCUUUCUACAAGUGAUGGUACUUUCUGUAGUAGUGUUGUGCAUGGUGAUUCUUCAUAUAGAAGCACUGCAAACAAAUGUAAUCCCUAUAGGAACAACUCAUCUCAGGAAACUCUGUGUAGAAGUAAUACUGCUUUUGACCAAGACGCUUUGUCAGUGAGGAAGAAGACUAAAAUUCCACUGCGACGUUGUUCAUCACUGGUUAUUUUCCCUAGGAGUCCUUCCAGUACUCCUCCAGCUUCUCCAGUGAGCUCAGGUCAACUACCGCAUAGAGGUGCCUACCAAACAUCCCAUAAACUAAUUAUUUCUCCUAGUGAGCUGGCACAAAAAGAAGAUCAAACCAUUUCCAAGGGUUUCCUUUCAACAGCAGUCAAUGGACUUCGACUGUCUAAAACAGUUUGCUCUUCUGGUGAAGUCAGAGACAUUCGACCACUUUGCUUGAACACAUCAUUACAGGACAAAAGUCUAAUUUUGGAUAGUUCUGAGCAGGCAACUUGUGAAGAAGUGUCUGAUGGCUUCUCAUGUAUUUCAGUUCAUCUCACUCAAAGAGCAUUUGCAUCGAGCAGUGAAAUGGUUAAUGGCUGUUGCAGUCCAGAGUUAAAUCUGAACUCCAGUGCAAAAUACCCUCAUUUAAAGCUGACACGUAGCACAUCUGCAUGUCUACCCUCAAAAAUAGAUUCAGAAUGUCAGAUUAAUAUAAAUGAACUAGAAAGACCAAAUGCACAGAUAAGCAAAACCCACCAUGUUUUGCAAAGAAGUGUUUCAUUGGAAGGAUCACGUCAAAAAGUUUCUUGCUGUUUAUCCAGCCUUAAAUACAAGUGUCAUAGUGCAAGGACGUCUCAGUUGCACAUACAGUUCAAACCUGGGAAUGAAGGAAAACCAACUGGUGUUAAGAAAAGAUAUGGAACCUCUAAAAGGGAAAUGUCUAGCACUUCUUUGUGGAGGCCCCAUAAGACUCGAGAUGAUUUUCUUGGGCAAGUGGAUAUUCCUCUUUAUCAGUUACCGACAGAAAAUCCAAGUAUGGAGAGACCAUAUACAUUCAAGGAUUUUGUUCUUCAUCCAAGAAGCCAUAAAUCAAGAGUUAAAGGCCACCUUAGAUUAAAAAUGACUUACUUACCUAAAAGCAAUGGGUCUGAAGAAGAAACCACAGAACAGGCUGAAGAAUUAGAGCCUGGGUGGAUUAUAUUGGACCAACCAGAUGAUGCCAGCCAGCCACAACAGCAGCAGCAGGAAUCUCCUCCGCUACCUUCAGGCUGGGAAGAAAGGCAAGACAUCCUCGGCAGGACCUACUAUGUCAAUCAUGAGUUCAGAAGAACACAGUGGAAAAGACCAACUGCUCAGGACAACGUAGCUGCUGCAGAUAUUGGUAGUGUGCAGUUGGAGGCCCAGCAUGUGUUCACUCAUCGGCGACAGAUAUCAGAGGAUACAGAAAAUCUAGACAACAGAGAUUCCCCUGAGAGCUGGGAAAUUAUAACUGAAGAUGAAGCAACAAUGUAUAGCAAUCAGAACCUUCAAAUACCUCCCUCACAGAGUAAUUGUGAUAUACAGACUCAUCUUGCAGAAGAAUUGAAUACCAGACUUACUACCUCUGGAAGUUCAGCUACUGGCCAAUCAGCAGCCUAUACUAACCAUUCCAGCAGAAGAGGUAGUCUGCAAACAUACAGAGUUGAAGAGCAGCCUGCACAUCCGGUGUUACUGCCUACUUCAUCUGGAUUACCCCCAGGCUGGGAAGAACGACAAGAUGAAAAAGGGAGGUCGUAUUAUAUAGAUCACAAUUCUAGAACCACUACCUGGAUAAGGCCAGUUGUACAGGCUGCUGUGGAAACAAGUCAGUUGUCAGCUGUGCAAAGUAUUUCUAUAGGAAGACAACCACAGGCAACAUCAAGUGAUUCAUCACAACAGUCUUCUCAGCAGCAGCCUGAAAUGGAGCAAGGAUUUCUCCCUAAAGGCUGGGAAGUCCGACAUGCACCCAAUGGGAGACCAUUCUUUAUUGACCACAAUACCAAAACUACAACAUGGGAAGAUCCAAGACUGAAAAUUUCUGCUCAUCCAAGGAGAUCCCUAGAUCCAGUAGACCUGGGUCCAUUACCACCAGGGUGGGAAGAGAGAACUCACACAGAUGGAAGAAUAUUCUUCAUAAAUCACAAUACAAAGAAAACACAAUGGGAGGAUCCUCGAUUGCAAAAUGUGGCAAUAACUGGACCAGCUGUGCCUUACUCCAGGGACUAUAAGCGGAAGUAUGAGUUCUUCAGAAAGAAAUUGAAGAAACAGAGUGAUAUUCCAAAUAGAUUUGAAAUGAAAAUUCAUCGCACAACAAUCCUUGAAGAUUCUUAUAGAAGAAUUAUAGCUGUAAAGAGAGCAGACUUCCUUAAAGCAAGACUUUGGAUUGAAUUUGAUGGUGAAAAAGGUUUAGACUAUGGAGGAGUGGCCAGGGAAUGGUUCUUCCUUCUCUCUAAAGAAAUGUUUAAUCCUUAUUAUGGAUUGUUCGAAUAUUCAGCUACAGAUAACUAUACUCUCCAGAUCAAUCCAAACUCUGGACUUUGCAAUGAAGAUCAUCUCUCUUAUUUCAAGUUUAUAGGUCGUGUAGCUGGAAUGGCUGUUUACCAUGGCAAACUUUUGGAUGCCUUUUUUAUUCGUCCUUUUUACAAGAUGAUGCUCCAAAAACCAAUAACGCUUCAUGAUAUGGAGUCUGUGGAUAGUGAAUAUUACAAUUCUCUGAGAUGGAUUCUUGAAAAUGAUCCAACAGAACUGGACCUCAGAUUUAUAGUUGAUGAAGAACUUUUUGGUCAGACCCAUCAACAUGAACUGAAAAGUGGUGGAUCAGAAAUAGUUGUCACCAACAAGAACAAGAGAGACUACAUUCAUCUUGUAAUUCAGUGGAGAUUUGUGAGCAGAGUGCAGAAACAAAUGGCAGCCUUUAAAGAGGGCUUUUUUGAACUAAUACCACAGGAUCUGAUUAAAAUUUUUGAUGAAAAUGAGCUAGAGUUAUUAAUGUGUGGACUGGGAGAUGUGGAUGUGGCUGAUUGGAAACUACAUACAAAAUACAAAAAUGGCUACAACAUAAACCAUCAAGUAAUACAAUGGUUCUGGAAGGCAGUCUUAAUGAUGGACUCUGAAAAGAGAAUAAGAUUACUUCAAUUUGUUACUGGCACAUCACGCGUACCUAUGAAUGGGUUUGCUGAGCUGUAUGGUUCAAAUGGACCACAGUUGUUUACAGUUGAACAGUGGGGUUCCCCUGAAAAACUGCCAAGAGCUCAUACCUGCUUUAAUCGCUUGGAUUUGCCUCCAUAUGACUCAUUUGAAGAUUUAUGGGAUAAACUUCUUCUAGCGAUUGAAAAUACUCAGGGUUUUGAUGGGGUUGAUUAAGACAGACAUGAAUUGUAUCAGUCCAGUGCUGCAAUUUCAUUUUAAGGGUUUACAAACAAAUUUGAAUUUUCCAGGGACUACCAUUGUAUUUAGUCACAUGGUUAUUGAUAGUAUCACUUGUAAUAUAAGUAAAUAUUAAAAACUCACUAACUUUUGAAAAUGUAUUUUGCCAUUUUCACAGUUUUGUGUACUUUGCUAAUAACUACAAUAUACACAUUGGAUGGGCCAGUGCCAAGUAAGUAAAAAAACUAAAAUGUUUUUAAGCAGUUGCCUCUUCUACAGUAUUUGUCAGACUGUCCUGCAGUAAACUACUGAAGUAAAACUGUGAAGAAAUCUUUGCGGGGGUGUAAAUUUGAAUUGCUGCUUUAAGAGGAACAACUGAAAUUGCUAAACUGUUUUUAAAAAAACCAAACAACAAAAAACCAAACAAAAACAAAACCAACAAACUUCAUGUAAUGCAAUAUCAUAAUCUGUGCUGCUUCAGGCUGUUUGCUACAGAUCUGCCCAAAGCACCUUAUAAUUCAGCAUAUUAGGUGAAGCAUUGGAAAGUAUUUGUUUGCAUUAUCAGCCAUCGGUUUGCAGAACAUUGACUUGCUGACACAUUUUAUUUGUUAGAUUUCUUUUUCUAACUUGCUUUUGUUAAAACAGUGUAACAAAACCAGGAUUUUUAUAUAAAACAGACAAGCAGCAUAAUUCUGAAUUGUAAUGAGAAAUUAUAUCCAUUUUUUGUCUGAAUUUGUAUACUGUCGUUGGUUUAUUGAGUUUUCAUCACUUUUUCUUGAUAAAUUUGUAGUUCAACGAUGGAUAAUAUUUUCAAUUCAGCCUUUUGCAACAAAUUAAUCUGAAAGUGAAAUUUGUAUGGAUAUCACUCAGUAUUAGUUACUGGUAGUUAGAGGCCUUUAUUAUCCAUUCUUGCAGUAUUGCACUACGUAACAACAAAGAACAUGUUUACAGGGUUUUCUGGGCCAAAUUCAGCAGUCUGAUAUGUGCAGACUUCUCUGAACUGUGUGGAGGUUAUGCACAUGUAACCAGGUGCAGAAUUUGGUUCUGUAAUAUGUUUACAGGUUAUGCUAGUUUCUAUAGCUGCAUUUUUAUAUUUUUUUCUCCACUGUUAGUCUAGAAACCAAAUUUGUUAAUACAGUAUAACCAAAGUCAUAACCAACAAUGUGCAAUUUAUUGUAGAUCAAUUUGUCAUAUAAAUAUUAGUUUCAUUUCUUUUGUAAAUGUGGAUAUUUUUUGUAUUAAUGUUAACACUUUUUUUUGAGCAAGUGCUGGUUAAAAGGAUUAGCAAAGUUGGUUCUAAAAAUAAAAAUUGGUUUAUAUACCUGGCUUGCUCUAAUUUUAACAUUUUAUUACCAAUAUGAUCUGAGGAAAUGACAGUACCUAGCUUUGGCCAGCAAAUUUCUGUUUAGUCACAGUCUUUAUAAAUAUGCAAGAAGGAAGUGUAGCACAUCUCUCUAUAAAGAUAUGUAAAUUAUGUAACAAAUGUAAUGGGUCUUAAGGGAUAUUUAAAAUCCCACUUUGUUUUAUUCUUUGACUAGGUUGUUAGGGCUGAGAAUAUUACAUGUAAAUAAAGGUAACUUAUACAAUUUUCCCAAAUCUAUAUGCAGUUUUGUAAAACAUGAAUGAUAUAUCAGUAAAUCUGUAUAGAUUUGAAUGUAGCAGGUUUUGUUGCAUAAAGCAUAAAAUAAGGAUCCUGAGAGCAGUAAAUAAAAGUUUAUUCUAGUAA